AUGACAAUGAUGAAGAACAGGACAGAAGUGACACAGUUCAUCCUCAUGGGACUGACCAAUGACCCUGACCUGCAGCUUCCCCUCUUCAUCACCUUCCUCCUCAUAUACAUCAUAACCCUCAUGGGGAACCUGGGAAUGAUCUUAUUGAUUCUCUUGGAUUCUCGGCUCCAUACCCCCAUGUAUUUUUUCCUUGGUAACUUGUCCCUCGUUGACUUUGGUUACUCUUCAGCUGUCACUCCCAAAGUCAUGACUGGACUCCUAAUUGGAGACAAGAUCAUGUCUUACAAUGACUGUGCUACUCAGAUGUUCUUUUUUGCAGCCUUUGCUACUGUGGAAAAUUUCUUGUUGGCCUCAAUGGCCUAUGAUCGCUAUGUAGCAGUGUGCAAGCCCCUACACUAUGCCAGCUCCAUGAAUACAAGUAUGUGUGUGUAUCUGAUUAUGGGCUGCUAUGUCCUUGGUUUGUUGAAUGUCUCAGUCUACACUGGGGAUACAUUCAAUCUCUCCUUCUGUAAGUCUAAUGUGGUUCAUCAUUUUUUCUGUGAUAUGCCAGCGGUCAUGGCUCUCGCUUGCUCUGAUAGACAUGUUAAUGAGCUGGUUCUUAUUUGUCUAGCUAGCUUCAAUAUAUUCUUUGCUCUCAUAAUAAUAUUAGUGUCCUAUAUUAUGAUUUUCAUAAUGAUCUUAAAGAUGAACUCAGGAUCAGGGCAUCACAAGGCUAUAUCUACUUGUGCCUCCCACUUCACUGCAGUUUCUAUUUUCUAUGGAACUAUAAUCUUCAUGUAUUUGCAGCCCAGCUCUAGACAUGUAAUGGAUACUGACAAAAUUGUGUCUGUGUUCUACACCAUGGUCAUCCCUAUGCUGAACCCUCUAGUUUACAGCCUGAGAAACAAAGAGGUCAAGCGGGCAUUCAGAAAAAUGAUUCUAAAGGAAAAAUAA